AUUUCUCAGACACUUUACAAUUUAACACUGUUUAUUAAUCAACCCCAUAAUUAUCCGGGCAUUCAUAAAAACCUCAACGGUGAUAACGCCAGCGAUUUGUCAUAAACCAAUUUACAUUUUAAAAACGAACUAUUCAAACAUUGAGAAUAUUGUUAAUUGUUCUAAAAGUUUGCCAGGGUGACGUCAUAUGCUACCGUGAACUGAGAUUCACCUGUGGAUCUGUCGCAACAUUUGCGAUCCCUUAAAUUUCUUAUUUUAUGUACGCCAGAAAAACAAUAAACUAAACACAUAUGAUUAUUAAAAAAUGUUAAUUAUCACAGGAAAUAAAAUCAAUCGUUCGUUAGAUCUUAAAAAAAUUCUGAAAUAUUUUUAAAACUAACCCCUUUUGGGUGAGUUCAAUAAUUCCAGCGCAGAUGGCGACAGAUCAGAAAAUUUUUGCAGUUGCUGAUGGCUGACGGACUUCGCCGUACCCAGUGGGAUUCUUAGUGAAUUUUAAUAUGAUUGCCUGAAAAGAGACCCAAAAGUCAACGGAUUCACUCCACCGUUUGAUAACUUGGUGUGGGAUACUAUAAAAUAACAUUCUUGACCAGGAAUCUUAACGACAAUGAGGGUUGUAGCUUUAAUCAGUGGAGGAAAAGACUCGUGUUUCAAUAUGAUGCAGUGUAUAGCUGCAGGCCACAAUAUUGUCGCACUGGCUAAUUUAUACCCUAUUGAAAAAGAUGAGUUAGAUUCUUUCAUGUUCCAAACGGUUGGUCACCAAGGUGUAGAAUAUCUAGGUGAAGCUAUUGGAUUGCCGCUUUAUCGUGAAGCAACUUUUGGGAAAUCAAAGAUGUUGGAAAAAAAUUAUUCACCUACAGACGACGACGACGAGGUAGAAGACUUAUAUAGACUGCUAGUGAAAGUAAAGGAGCGGGAAAAUGUAGAAGCAGUUGCCUCCGGUGCAAUUCUGAGCGACUAUCAGCGCAUUCGCGUCGAAAAUGUGUGUAGCCGCUUAGGACUUGUUUCCUUGUCCUAUUUGUGGCGGAGAGAUCAAGAAGAUCUACUCCGGGAAAUGAUUGAGUGUUCGGUAAAUGCAGUUCUGAUAAAGGUUGCUGCACUGGGUCUGGAACCCCGACACUUAGGGAAAUCUAUCGCAGAGAUGCAAUCCCACCUUGCAAAAAUGAAAGAAAAAUAUGGUCUCAACAUAUGUGGGGAGGGAGGGGAGUACGAAACUUUUACCCUAGACUGUCCGCUGUUUAUCAAAAGCGUUGUGAUAGACGAGUAUGAAAGCGUUGUUCACUCUAACGACGAGAUAGCUCCUGUCGGAUACCUGAAUUUUAAAAAGAUCCAUUUACAAAAUAAGAAUAAUGGUAUAGAGGCUCUAUCGUUGCAAGAAAGGUUGCAGUUGGUAUCUGUAAAAGCCCCUUCUGACUAUAUUGUUGAAAUUGUGAAACCAGAGUUGCAAGAUGGCUGUAAUUUAUCAGAUGAUGAAAACGAGGAGUCCGAAUGCGACAACAAAAGCCUAAAGACAUCAAACUCUGGUCAAUUUAAUCCACCGAGCCCGAUGGAAAUAAUGUACGAUGAUGAGGAUUAUCCAGAUGUACCUGUUUCUAACAAAAAUCAAACUGGCUGGUUCUGGUUUGGUGGCGUUGUUGGAAAAAAUUCUGAUCCAAAACUUGCUACAGAGGAAGCUUUGGAUAAAUUAAGCAAUCUAGUCGAAACUGAAAAGCUCAAGAUUUCAGACAUUGUUGCUGUAACACUGUAUAUAAAAGAUAUGGCAAACUAUUUAUCGAUUAACGAAGUUUAUAUAUCAAGGUUGAGUACCGUCAACCCACCUGUACGGGUAUGCGUUGAGUGUCCAUUAAACAUACCCAUUGUAUUAGAUGCUAUAGCGUACAAAGAGAUUCCACAAAUAGGUGACAACAAAAUUCAUAAGAGGCACACGAUGCAUGUACAGAGCAUAAGUAAUUGGGCACCUGCUAACAUCGGACCAUAUUCCCAAGCGAUUCGAAUAGGAGAUAUUAUUUCUGUAGCUGGUCAAAUUCCCUUAGUUCCUGGCAGUAUGACGAUGCUAGAUUUAAACAUUAAAAGGCAGUGUCGAUUGACGCUGAGGCAUAUCAACCGGAUCGUUAAAGCCAUGGAUGCUAAUACACAGCUCAGAGAUAUCGUACAGGGUAUUUGUUUUUUAACGCAUCCUAGUUAUAUUCCCGACGCACGUAGAGAAUGGGAGAAACGAACGAACAAUGCAAUUGUAGAUUAUGUCGUAGUACCAAACUUACCACGAGGUGCACAAGUCGAAUGGUGCGUCUGGGCUCAUCGUGAUAAUAACAGAUUUGAAUAUGAGGAAACUGGAAAAUGUGUUGGUAACUUCAAGGUUGCUAUAAGGCGCCGCUGGAACUAUGAAAAUAAUGUGUCCGCAAUUGUGUGUUACCUUUCGACUGGAUCUUCGAAUUCAAUGGGCAACCUGGCUGUGGACACGACUCUAAGUUUCGCUGAUCUCAACGCAGCCGAAUUAACCGAAGCAUUUGAAUAUCUUUUAUGUAAGUUAACUAAAGGUUCACAAAGCGUAAAUCCUAUUUGUAAUUUGCGAAUAUUUUAUAAAGUUGGAAGUUCACCAGGACCAAAUUUCAUUCAAAGCGUUUUGUCAAGUUUUGAAAGCCGGAAUAUAGUCACAACAAUAAUACCAACGACUCACCUUCAUAACUACAGCACUUUUUUAUCCAUUUGUGGUAUCAGGCACGAAUAGUAACUUUGUUGCUUCUAAUAACUUCGUCAAUUAUUUAUAUGAAAUUCUGAAACGCUUGAUAUCGUACCCAUCAAUAAAGAAAGCCAAUGCCCAAAAUGAUGUAUUAUUCUUAAUUUUUUUUUUUUCAUGAAUGGAAAAUUACGAGUUGAGAUUAUUUUUUAUUCUUUUCUAAUGCUUAGGUAUAAAGUUUUUUUUCGGAGUUAGUUUCUUCGUAAUUAUUUAAUAUCUCAUCAGGCACGCCUAUUUCCAUCGUAUCAAGUAGAAUUUAAUACUGUACAUGACUUUUUUUUGUUCCUGAGCGUGAAUUUUUUUAUUCUCAACUUUCCUCAUAUGUAUAUGAAAAGUGUGAAGGCGAUUUUAUAUGAUAUUUUUCAAAAAUGUCCAAUGCUGCUCAAACUCCAUUGGUUUGAGAAUUUUUCACUAAGAAACAAAGAAAAACAACCACUUCCGAUCAGGAGCAUUGGCUGUCUACCUAAUUUACAUAUUUUUACUUCGUAAUCGAUAUUAUCUUCGUGUACCGGCUAAUUGAUGAAUACUAGUUCUUGAUUUAUUGUCCUAACUAAUGCGCUCUAAUUUUGCUCAAUAUAUUAUUAUUUUCCUCGUGCCACAUCUUACUGCGAGUUUUUCAUUCGCUGAAACUGACCGUUUUGAAUUCAUGUUAAUAUAUCACUUCAAAAACUUGGAAUUUUUCGAAACGGUCAGUUUCACUAGUAAUCUCAUUAUGUGCGGAGUGUUUAGGGGUGUGUUUCUUCUGUAUGGUAGUACACGCUAUUAUUUAUUUAUGGUUUCACAUUGAAGAAUACUAUCUGGACGUACUUAUAAUGUGUAAAAUCAAAUGCGGUAAAAAAAAAAAUUCUAUGUAAUUGCUACAAGUAAUUAUAUUUCGUUCAUAUUUCGUUGUAAAAUAUUCUAUCAAUUAACGAUACGAAAUGGAUGUUCGAAUUUUUUUUCGCAAACUAGAAUGAUGGCAGAUAUCUUUAUUACUUUUGUGCUCAAGUGGAGUUAAUGAAUUUUAGUUAAAAAGAAUUGAAUGAAGUAAACAACCCAUAAUCAAAAAGAUUCAUCUGAGUGAGAAAACACGAAGAAAAAAAUUAUUGAUUUCAUUCUACUUGAUUUUUGUAGAUAAUAAUAUUAAUUUAUAAUUAAAUCAAAAGAAAAUAAAAAAAUCAAUAAGACUUGAAAAUUAAUUUCGGACUCAAAUCCAUAUUAUAUUUGAGUCCGUAUAGUGAACGGCUACUGUCUUAAAUUAUAAAUAUGUAAAAAGCCCAAAACUGAGGUUUAUCCUAAACGAAGAAUAAAGAAAAUGGUAUAUA